AGAUUGAACCCAGGCCUCCCGUAUACCAGUCGAAGACACUAACCACUGCUCCAACACGCCCACAACAAAGUUACUUUCUGACAUGGACAGUAUGGAAGUUGAUACCACAAAUUGUCAUGGUUUGAGGUGCUUCAUCUGUGGUGGUCCUGGGACUGAAAUGCAAAAACUCUCAAAAGUCACUCAAAAAGGUUAUCAGCAGCUAUUAUCUUAUUCUGAGAUCGUAGAUGAUGCAAUGCUGAUCAACAGACUACAUGAGGACUGGAAUGAUGGAGAUGACCCCAAGCUGAAGUACCAUUUGGAUUGUAGAACCGAGUUGUACCAUCGUUCGAGAAGUGUAUCCAUUGCGAAACGUUCAGGACAAGAUGCUCAAGACCAACGAUCAGACAGGAUGAAAAGACGCAGCGUACUGUCUGGGCCAAGUACUUCAAGUGCUGGUAGCUCCACAUUCCAAACCCCAUCAGCACACCUGGUCUACCGUGAUGUUUGUAUCCUCUGCAAUAAGAGCAUCAAUGUUGAAAUGCUUGUAAAAUACCCUAACACAGCCCGGAAGUUGUAUCGUGCACCUGACAAUCGCUUCCAGGACAGACUGAAAAGGAAUUUGUUGGAGACAGCUGUGAGACGAGGAGAUGCCUGGGGAGUUGAAGUUGCUGGUCGCCUGUCUGGAAUAAUAGAUUUGGUAGCUGAAGAGGCACUGUAUCAUCUUCGGUGCAGGUCCCAGUUCGAGAACCCAGUUACAAACUCUGGGGUCGGACGGCCUACAGAUGAGGAGAGGCAGUUGCUGUUUGAGAAACUGUGCAAAUGGAUGGAUGAAGAAGUGGAGCAUGGUGUAACAAGUCUCGCUGAGAUCCACAUGAAGAUGGAAGAACUUGACCCCACGGAGGACAAAAGUCUCACAUAUGGACGGAUGUAUCUUAAAAAAAAGCUUCAGGAACAUUAUGAGGAGUCUCUCUGUUUCACAUUAGAUGAGGGAGGAAGAUUCAUUGUGUGGCUAAAAGACACUACAGAGGCAAUCCUCCGAGACUACCAUCAGCAGGUCAUCAACCCCUCACAAACCAUGGAUGAUUCUGCACUUAAAGACCUCAUAAUUUCCACUGCCAUUCAUCUGAUCUGUGGAGACUUGGCAAGAGUUUCACUCGACACAAAGCAGUAUCCCUCAGUAGACAGCAUGACCAAUACACAGAGCCAACUUGCUCUGAUUCCUGACAGCCUCAAGCAGUUGCUGAAGGCAAUUGUAAAAACUGACGAAAAGGUGGCAAUGUGGGGACAGAACCUGCUGAAAGCAUACCGCCCUCGAUCAGGAGUUAUGCCCUCCCAACUUGGACUUACAAUUCAGCUUGACCACAUGUUUGGAUCAAAGUGGUUGAUUGACCGUAUUCAUCACUUAGGAUACUCUGAAUCAUAUGUUGAGCUCCAUCACUACAAGUAUUGUUACUUGAACGUGAAAAAUGGAUGUGGUAGCAUGGACCAGGAUACCAUAAUCACAGAUGAAGAUGGUAUAGAUGUUGUGGAGCAUGAGGAAGCAGAGGUCGAUGCAGUCCUAUCUGCAGAACAGCCAGAGGAGCAAGAGGAGAGUGGUUCUGGAAU